AUGGGGCUUCAGCAUGCAGGAGAAAUUAUUCGUGUUAAUUUUGGUCACGAACCUCUCAAGUUUGAUAUCGCCUCUCAUGUACAGCGACAAAGAAAUGCAAUUUGGAAGACCACUCUCUCUGACGAGCAGUCGAACAGGGUACUGGACAAGCUCGUUCUGACAUAUCUGGUGGUGAGGGCUUUCCAGAAACAAGCCUGGCAAAUGAGCCCAAUCAAGCCAUUCUCAAGUCCCAAGGGAGGCUAA